CCUAGAUUUCCCCCCAUCCGAAUCAAUAAAAAAGAAAAAAAAGAAAAACCCUGAAAACCCGAUCUCAAACCGACUCCAGUCCUUGUGCUCGAAUCCCUAUGAUUUCCAACCCAAGUCAAUCCACCUAAGAAAUCUCAAGACCGUCGGCAGAAAACCACAACGAUGUGCGGAGCCUGUGAUGGAAAUGCAAAUGGCCACCGUGCCGGCGCCAACAACACAAAUGGCGCUUUUCAGCACCCCUCCCAAGGACGACCGCAGAACUCCCCAUAUCAGUCUGUCCAAGAUUACCUCUCCAAUGUCGGAAACUUCAAGAUCAUUGAGAGUACUCUUCGUGAAGGAGAGCAGUUUGCGAAUGCCUUCUUUGACACAGAGACCAAGAUCAAGAUCGCCAAGGCUUUAGAUGAGUUCGGCGUCGAAUACAUCGAAUUGACCUCUCCGGUCGCCUCAGAGCAGUCUUUCCAGGACUGCAAGACCAUCUGCGGGCUGGGCCUCAAGGCCAAGAUCCUUACCCAUGUACGGUGCAACAUGGAGGACGCCAAGGCAGCUGUAGCAACGGGCGUCGACGGUGUGGACUUGGUAAUCGGGACAUCGAGCUUCCUGAGAGAAUUCAGUCAUGGCAAGGAUAUGGUCUACAUUCAGAAGACGGCGCUGGAGGUAAUCGAAUACGUCAAGAGCCAAGGAGUUGAGGUCCGGUUCUCGUCGGAGGACUCUUUCCGCUCCGACCUCGUCGACCUCCUUACCCUCUACAAGGCUGUGGACGCCGCAGGCGUCAACAGGGUCGGUGUUGCCGACACGGUCGGCGGCGCUACCCCUAGGAUGGUGUACGAUCUUGUUCGUACGCUUCGCGGUGUUGUCCAUUGCGACAUCGAGACGCACUUCCACAACGACACCGGUUGCGCUAUUGCGAACGCCCAUGCUGCCCUGGAAGCUGGAGCAACCCACGUGGAUACCUCAGUGCUCGGAAUCGGCGAGCGAAAUGGCAUCACCCCCCUGGGUGGGUUGAUGGCGCGCAUGAUCGUAACAGCGCCCGACUACGUCAAGUCUCAUUAUAAGCUCGAGAAGCUCAAGGAGAUUGAGACUCUGGUUGCCGAUGCAGUCCAGAUUAACAUCCCCUUCAACAACCCCGUGACUGGAUUCUGUGCCUUUACACACAAGAGUGGCAUCCACGCCAAGGCCAUCUUGAACAACCCCUCAACGUAUGAGAUCAUCAAGCCUGAAGAUUUCGGGUUGAACCGAUACGUGUCCUUCUCCAGCAGAAUUACUGGAUGGAAUGCCAUCAAGUCUCGCGUGGAGCAGCUCGGUUUGAGUAUGACUGAUGAGCAGGUCAAGCAAGUAACUGCCAAGAUCAAGCAAUUGGCCGACAUCCGGCCCCUGGCUAUCGAUGACACCGACAGCAUCAUUCGCUCGUUCCAUACCAGUCUCCAGAAGGCAUCAUAA